UUGAGCACGUCAGCAUGCUGGUGAUCCUCCUGAACUGCGUCACUUUGGGGAUGUUCCAGCCUUGCCAGGACACCAAGUGCAAGUCGGAGCGGUGCACCAUCUUGGAGGCAUUUGACCAUUUCAUCUUUGCCUUCUUUGCGGUGGAGAUGGUCAUCAAAAUGGUGGCUCUGGGGAUCUUUGGGCAGAAAUGCUACCUAGGAGACACCUGGAACCGCUUGGACUUCUUCAUCGUGAUUGCCGGCAUGAUGGAGUAUUCUUUGGAUGGGCACAACGUCAGCUUAUCCGCCAUCCGGACGGUCCGGGUACUUCGGCCUUUAAGAGCCAUUAAUAGGGUUCCAAGUAUGCGCAUACUGGUGACCCUCCUGCUAGAUACUCUGCCUAUGUUAGGCAACGUCCUUCUUUUAUGCUUCUUUGUCUUUUUCAUCUUUGGGAUCGUCGGCGUCCAGCUCUGGGCCGGGCUGCUACGCAACCGGUGUUUCAUGGACACCAAUUUCCAAAUGUCCUACAACUUGACUUUCCUGCAUCCGUACUACCGUCCGGAGGAAGGGGAAGAGAACCCGUUCAUCUGCUCGUCCCACCGGGACAACGGCAUGCAGAAGUGCUCCAGCAUCCCCAACCGCAAGGAGUUCAAGGUGGAAUGCACUCUGAGCAUGGACUCCUACAGCCCCCAGUCCUACCCCUUGGACCUCAGCAGCCGCAACGGCUGCAUAAACUGGAACCAGUAUUACAACGUUUGCAGGACGGGCGACUUGAACCCGCACAGCGGAGCUAUUAAUUUUGAUAAUAUUGGCUAUGCUUGGAUAGCUAUCUUUCAGGUCAUAACCCUGGAAGGAUGGGUUGACAUCAUGUAUUAUGUCAUGGAUGCGCACUCUUUUUACAAUUUUAUAUAUUUUAUACUACUUAUAAUAGUGGGUUCUUUCUUCAUGAUCAACUUGUGCCUGGUUGUGAUAGCAACACAGUUUUCCGAAACGAAGCAGCGGGAGAACCAGCUCAUGCAGGAGCAGCGGGCGCGCUACCUCUCUGACGACAGCACAAUCGCCAGCUUCUCCGAGCCAGGAAGCUGCUACGACGAGCUCCUCAAGUACCUCUGCCACAUUUACCGGAAGGCCAAGCGCCGGACUUUGCGCCUCUACAACAACUGGCAGAGCAAGCGGCGGAAAAAGGUGGAUCCUGACAGUGGCGGGGGGCAAGGGCCUCCACGGAAGAAGCGGGUCCCGUCCGUCCAUCACCACCACCACCACCAUCACCAUUACCAUCUCAGCAAUGGCACUCGUGCCAAUCCGGAGGCUGGGGAUCUUGAACUCAGUGUGGUGAAGCCCAGCAGCCCAUUGCCAUCACUGUCACCACAUUUCAGGAAGCCUCCGGAUUCAGAGUCGGUGCGUAGCAUCUAUCAUGCCGACUGUCAUGUGGAAGAUGCCCGAGUCAAAUGCAAGUCUCCCAACAUCCGGCUGAGCCAUCACGGAGGCAACAUGAACUACCCGACCAUCCUACCUUCUCCCAUCAGCAAGGAGAGCCUGGCCACCAUACCCAAAGGGAGGGCGGCUGGAGGAGGAGCAGGAGGAGGCAACGGCUGUGCCACGCCACUGACCAUGGUCAACAGCCCGGCCCACUUCAACAUGGGUUCCUAUGACAAGCUCCAUCAUUUGAUUGGAGAACACGGUCUCUGCCGGACCUCAAGUCGGUUGUCCGGACUCAAUGUCCCUUGUCCGCUGCCAAGCCCUCAGUCCAACAUGUCCAACUGUGAGCUCCAGAACUGCCCUUACUGUGCCCACAUCCUGGAGGAUCCCGAGUUCGAGUGCAGUGAGUCAGAGAGCUGUGAAUCCGAGGAGGACAACAACGGGGUCUACGAGUUCACACAAGACGUACGACGGGGAGACCAACGGGACCAGAUCCAGCAGCAGCGGAACAAGAAGAAGAGGAAGAAGAAAGCACCCAAGGAGCAGAACAGAAUCUGCCGGAUCUGGAAGGCCUUUGGGGAGAAGCUGACACGGAUCGUGGAGAGCAAGUACUUCAACCGGGGCAUCAUGAUCGCCAUCCUCAUCAACACCCUGAGUAUGGGCAUUGAGUACCACGAACAGCCAGAGGAGCUGACCAAUGCCUUGGAGAUCAGCAACAUCGUCUUCACCAGCAUGUUUGCCCUGGAGAUGGUCCUCAAGCUCCUGGCUUUCGGCCUCUGGGGGUACAUUAAGAACCCCUACAACAUUUUCGAUGGCAUCAUUGUCGUCAUCAGCGUCUGGGAAAUCAUUGGCCAGGCGGACGGCGGCCUCUCGGUGCUGAGGACCUUCCGCCUCCUGCGGGUCCUGAAGCUGGUGAGGUUCAUGCCAGCCUUGCGGCGCCAGCUGGUGGUCCUGAUGAAGACCAUGGACAACGUGGCCACCUUCUGCAUGCUCCUCAUGCUCUUCAUCUUCAUCUUCAGCAUCCUUGGCAUGCACCUUUUUGGCUGCAAAUUCGGCCUGAAAACAGAUACGGGCGACACCAUGCCAGAUCGGAAGAAUUUUGACACCUUGCUGUGGGCCAUCGUGACGGUGUUUCAGAUCCUCACCCAAGAAGACUGGAACGUGGUGCUCUACAAUGGGAUGGCAUCCACUUCCUCUUGGGCCGCCCUCUAUUUUGUGGCCUUGAUGACCUUUGGAAACUAUGUCCUCUUCAACCUUCUGGUUGCCAUCUUGGUGGAAGGUUUCCAAGCCGAGGGCGAUGCCAACCGGUCGGACACGGAUGAGGACAAAACCUCCAUCAACUUCGAGGAAGAGCUUGAGAAGCUGAAGGAACUUCGUGCUUCGGAGAUGAAGAUGUACUCUCUGGCCGUGACGCCCAAUGGUCACCUGGAGGGCAAGGGCAGCAUGCCGCCACCUAUCAUCCUGCGCACCGCUGCUACACCAAUGCCCUCCCCAAAGGGCUCACCACACAUGGAUUCAGUCUACCCCUUUCUGGACUCUCGGAGAGGGAGCAACGCUUCGGUUGACCCCAUGAGCUUUGACCAGAAAUCCUUGUCCAGCCUCCGCAGCACCCCUUGUGCCCACUGGGGCACCAGCAGCAACUGGGGCAGCCGCCGCUCCAGCUGGAACAGCCUGGGACGGGCCCCCAGCCUGAAGAAGAAGAGCCAGUGCGGGGAACGGGAGUCCUUGCUCUCCGGUGAAGGCAAAGGCAGCACUGAUGACGAGGCCGAGGACAACAAGCUCAGCGCAGCGGGAAGGACACCCCUCCAUUGCCGGGCCGAAUCCUUGGAUGUUCGGGGUGCCUUGGAGCUUCCAGAGCUGCUCCAGGUGUCCGGCGUCCACCAUCCCUUGAGCUUGGCCCCCGUGGCUGUCAUUCCCGCUGAGUACCAGGACUGCAAUGGGAAAAUGCUUCACGUGCCCAAUGAGUUCUACCUGCACAUGGAUGGCCACAAGGAUGAACUGCUGGACCUGGAGGAUGACCUGGAGGAUAGUUACUGCUACCGGAUCCGUAAGGCCUUGGAGCCUUACAAGCCGGAAUGGUGCAAGACUCAUGAGGACUGGUCCCUCUAUUUGUUUUCACCUCAAAAUAGGUUCCGGGCCAAUUGCCAGAAGGUCAUUGCGCACAAGAUGUUUGACCACGUGGUUCUUGUCUUCAUCUUCCUCAACUGCAUCACCAUUGCACUGGAGCGGCCAGACAUUGACCCCAACAGCACGGAGCGAGUCUUCUUGAGCGUCUCCAACUACAUUUUCACUGCCAUCUUUGUUGCGGAGAUGAUGGUUAAGGUCGUGGCCCUGGGCUUCUUUUCAGGCGAACACACCUAUCUCCAGAGCAGCUGGAACGUCCUGGAUGGGGUCCUGGUCUUUGUGUCCAUCGUAGACAUCAUUGUCUCCAUGGCCUCAGCCGGCGGAGCAAAGAUUUUAGGGAUCCUCCGGGUCCUCCGGCUGCUGCGCACUUUACGGCCUUUGAGAGUUAUCAGCAGAGCUCCGGGUUUGAAGCUUGUCGUGGAGACGCUGAUUUCCUCCCUCCGCCCCAUCGGCAACAUUGUGCUCAUCUGCUGUGCUUUCUUCAUCAUCUUUGGCAUUUUGGGAGUGCAGCUGUUUAAAGGCAAAUUCUACUACUGUGAGGGGCCGGACAUCCGAAAUGUCUCCACCAAAGACGACUGCAAAAGAGCCCACUACAAAUGGAUCCGGCGCAAGUACAACUUCGACAACUUAGGGCAGGCCCUGAUGUCCUUGUUUGUCCUCUCUUCCAAAGACGGAUGGGUCAACAUCAUGUACGACGGAUUGGAUGCCGUGGGCGUGGAUCAGCAGCCCAGCCAGAACCACAACCCAUGGAUGCUGCUCUACUUCAUCUCCUUCCUGCUGAUCGUCAGCUUCUUCGUGCUGAACAUGUUUGUGGGGGUGGUGGUGGAGAACUUCCACAAGUGCCGGCAGCACCAGGAGGCGGAGGAGGCCCGGCGCCGGGAGGAGAAGCGCCUGCGGAGGCUGGAGAAGAAGCGCCGGAGUAAGGCGAUAGACCUGUCCGAAGCUCAGAGACGGCCAUACUACGCUGACUACUCGCCCGUCCGGAGGUACAUCCACACGCUUUGCACCAGCCACUACCUGGACCUCUUCAUCACCUUCAUCAUCGGCGUCAACGUCAUCACCAUGUCCAUGGAGCACUUCAACCAACCCAAGUCGCUGGACGAAGCCUUAAAGUACUGUAACUACGUCUUCACCAUCGUGUUUGUGAUCGAAGCUGUGUUGAAACUGGUCGCAUUUGGGUUUCGGAGAUUUUUCAAAGACAGGUGGAACCAGCUGGACCUGGCCAUCGUCCUCUUGUCCAUCAUGGGCAUCACCUUGGAGGAGAUCGAGAUGAAUGCAGCACUGCCCAUCAACCCCACCAUCAUCCGCAUCAUGCGUGUGCUGCGCAUCGCCAGGGUGCUGAAGCUGCUCAAAAUGGCCACCGGGAUGCGGGCCCUGCUGGACACCGUGGUCCAAGCCCUCCCUCAGGUAGGGAACCUUGGCUUGCUGUUCAUGCUCCUCUUCUUCAUCUACGCCGCGCUGGGAGUGGAGCUGUUUGGGAAGCUAGACUGCAGUGAGGACAACCCUUGCGAAGGCCUCAGCCGCCACGCCACUUUCAACAAUUUUGGGAUGGCUUUCCUGACCCUCUUCCGGGUCUCGACCGGAGACAACUGGAACGGCAUCAUGAAGGACACGCUCCGCGAAUGCCACCGGGACGACAAACAUUGCCUCAGCUACCUGCCCUUCAUCUCCCCGGUCUAUUUUGUCACCUUCGUCCUGAUUGCCCAGUUUGUGCUGGUCAAUGUGGUGGUGGCUGUCCUGAUGAAGCACCUGGAGGAGAGCAACAAGGAGGCCAAGGAGGAUGCCGAGAUGGAUGCUGAGAUUGAGCUGGAGAUGUCCCGGGGGGCCGUCACCCCCGUCCGAGGCCCUGAAAGUGGACCAGCCACCCCCAGGAUUGGCUCCCCACUCCUGGCAAAACACCCAGUCCUGGACAUUGCCCCCGGUCUCGGAGAGCCCCAGAACCUUCUCACCGUCCGCAAGAUCUCAGUGGCCAGGAUGCACUCCUUGCCCAACGACAGCUACAUGUUCCGCCCAGUGAUGCCUGCCAAAGCCCCCUUCCCGCUCCAUGAAGCCGAGCUGGAGGCCUUCUCCUACAAGUCACCACGAGGCUCAAUCACUUCGAUUCAUUCCCAACCAGUGGGGACCUGCUCCUCAUCGUUGAGGGUCCCCCGGGACACUUUCCACCCAAUGACUCCACCUCCGCACCAUGAAGGGGUCCCCUGGAAGCUUCGCCCUCCGCAGCCACCACCAUUAUCUCCCAGCGUCCACAGGCUCCUAUGCAGACAGGAGGCGAUCCAGAGGGAUUCCUUGGAGAGCCAGGGGACGGAUUCAAAGGAGAGCACACAAAUGGAUCCUGGUGAACCCCGCCGGCUGAAAAAGCCAUCCCAAAGCUCAUUGGGGCCCCCUUUGCUCCAUCCGUCACCCUCGUUGUCCCUUCCGGGGAGCCCUCCUUUCCCGCACACUUCCCCACGUCGGUCGGCGAGCCUCCGCACCCGCAAACACGCCUUCGGUCAGCACAACCUCCCCAGUGAUGACGGCCGCAACCCCAAUGGCUCCCUCUUUGAGUCCUCGGACCUGGCCGAUGAAGAAGUCAGCCACAUCAACAGCUCGGCGGAGGGGUGGCGGGACAGAGUGGAUGGCGGGGACCGAUCCGAGUCCCCGCCUCCAUCCCCUGCCCUCAUUAAGAAUGGUAGCACACCCAGCUUGACCACAGCUGGAGGAGCCAAAGAGAAAGACCUGAAGAAGUUCUACAGCGUGGACACCCGGGGCUUCUUGGCCAAGCCGACGUGGAGCGAUGAUCACCACCGGCGCCACUCCAUCGAGAUCUGCCCCUCCAUUGCCGAUGGGGACCGCAGCUUCUCGGAGCUGUCAUCGUCAGAGGAGCGGAAACCCGUCCACUCCGAAUCAGAAUACAUCCACGGGGCGCGCCGCAAGAAGAAGAUGAGCCCCCCUUGCAUUUCGAUAGAGCCUCCCAUGGAGGAAGAGAAGAACACUUCGGCCCGCACCAAAGCUUCCGAGAACAGCCUCUUGAGGAGGAGGACCCCCUCAUGUGAGUCCACCGCGUACAGGGACCCUUUGGAAGCCUGCGAGAGCCAAACAGGGGACCCGAAUGUCAAGGCCGAGCGCCGUGGGGGGCAAGCGUGCCGCGGGGAGCUUUUGGCGGUCCCCAACUUCUCCUUCGAGGUGUCAGAUGGCCCUGUUUCAAGCGGCCUUUCCGAAGGAGGCUCGGCGGAGGGCCCCUCGUCAGAUUUGUCUCCCGACGACGGCAUCUCACUCGAACUGCAGAAAGCGGACCACUUAAAGAUAGAAGUGGGACUGCGGGGGUCGGGCCACGAGGCUCGGAGCCCCCUCCGGAGACACGGACUCGUCGCGGCGACAGACGGAGAAGUGGACGAACCGGUAUAGCUCCUGGCGUUGAGUCAGGGGUGACGUUUCAAAGGGCUUUUCUUGCCACCGCAAGUGGCUUUGAAGUGGGAGGAAAAGGUUGGAGAAUGUCACAACUCCGUGAUGGGACGUUUCGUUCCCCCUCCAAAAAAAAAAACCACAAAUAUUACUUGCCUCUCUUUUUCUCUCUCUAACUUUUCAGCGCUGUGAAGGUUUUGUUGUGGAUGUUUUCCAAUAAAAUCAAAGAGCAA